AUGUCGACGACCAACGGACAUACCUCUGGACAGACGAUUUACUUGGGUGCAUUUGCUCAUUGCACCGCUCUUCAGGAAGUCGAGAUUUGCGAGGCCGGAGCUAUUGGUGUCGAUUCAGAUGGCAAGAUUGCAUUCAUCGAGCGAGACAUUGGAGACAUUCCAGCAUAUCAACUACGUGAGCGAAAGGAAGGCUGGGAGCAUGCAAAAUUCGUCCAAAUACAAGACCAAGGUUUCUUCUUCCCUGGCUUCAUAGAUACACACAUUCACGCUUCUCAAUAUCCAAACUCUGGCAUCUUCGGGAAAUCAACAUUAUUGGACUGGCUAAACACAUACACUUUCCCACUGGAGUCGUCAUUCACAGAUCUGACAAAGGCUCGACGCAUCUAUGCUCGCGUCGUCAAUCGCACUCUAUCUCACGGCACAACAACAGCCUGUUACUAUGCAACCGUGCACGUAGAAGCCACAAACCUUCUCUCCGACAUAUGUCUAUCGAAAGGCCAACGUGCAUUUGUCGGCCGCGUCUGUAUGGACCAAUUAAGCCCAGACUACUACCGUGACGAAAGCACCGAAGCAGCAAUUGAAGCAACAGAAGCCUGCAUCGCACACGUCAGCAAAAUCGACCCAAAACACCACUUCAUCACCCCAAUAAUCACGCCUCGCUUCGCACCUAGCUGUAGUGAAGGAUGUCUAAGUGCUCUGGGUAAAUUGGCCAAAGAAACCGGUCUUCCCAUCCAAACGCAUAUUUCAGAAAACAAAUCCGAGAUUGAAUUGGUGGCGGAGAUGUUCCCGAGCAGUAAGUCAUACACCGAUGUCUAUGACAAGGCUGGACUGCUCAACUCAAAGACUAUUCUCGCACAUGCCGUUCACUUGACACCUGAAGAGCGUGCAUUGGUUCGUUCUCGUGAUGCAAAGAUCAGUCAUUGUCCAGCUUCCAAUACAGCAUUGACAUCUGGAGCGGCGCCUGUACGUGUUCUACUCGACGAAGGUCUCACGGUUGGUCUCGGAACAGACGUCAGUGGAGGGUACAGCCCCAGCAUCUUGGAGGAGGCCCGUCAAGCUAUCUUGGUGAGCAGACAUGUGGCCAUGGUCGAUGGUGAUGCCGCGAAGCUGAGCACAGAAGAAGCUCUAUGGCUAGCGACGCGAGGUGGUGCCAAAGUAGUGGGCCUGGAGAAUCGUGUCGGUGGCUUCGAGGUCGGCAUGGAUUGGGAUGCCCAAAUGAUCAGUUUAGACGUUGUUAGCGAAGACGGCGAGCUGGAAGACGCCCAGAACAAAGGGCCCGUUGACGUGUUCAUGUGGGAGAGCUGGCCAGACAGAAUCAACAAGUGGUUCUACGGUGGAGAUGACAGGAACACCGCAGCAGUGUGGGUAAAAGGUCGCUUGGUGCAUGCAACCCCAAAGUACAGAGGUUAAUGAUAAGACGACUUGGUCACUACCAAUAGAAGAUGCUCAGAUAGAUAAUCUUGAAAGAGCUGGAAAUCCAGCGUUGGAAUUUAGAACCACAAUUAUAUACACCACCCACUAAAAUUCAAUACGGCAUGGGUCUUGA